AUGGCUGCUGUUGUGAGGAUUCAUGGUAUGAAGAGUUUUAGAGGGAACAAAAAAAUGGAACAUGACGAUGGAUUAUCGUAUACUAUUGUCGAUGGAUCUAUGGCAAAGGUUAUUAUACCAUAUAGGGAUUUAGAGGAUGCGUAUGCUAAUGAAGGUCCCACUGAUAUGGAGGAAGCUCUUCGAUUAGAUGUGGAAGAUAUUGAAAAAGAAUUAAAUAGUAGGGACAUGGUAGUUGAUGAUGGAAGUGAUAUAACCAAUGGAGAUAUAGCAGAUCAUGUAUUUGUGGAUGAACCAAGUGAGAAUGGUGAUGGGGGUGAAAAUUUUGUUGAUGAUCCAACGGAACACAUUGACAAUCCUGUUGAGCAUAAUGAGGAACUAUGUAUUGGGAAGUAUUUUGCCAAUGCAAACGAUGCAUAUGAAUUUUAUAACACCUAUGCUCAGAAGAUGGGAUUUAGUGUUCGGAAAUCUAAAGUGGAGAGGUCAAGGAAAAGGAAAGAAGGAAUGGACAAGGAGGGGGAUGUCUUGUCUCGCAUGUAUAUUUGUAGUAGGGAAGGUUUUAAGGAUUGCAAAGAUAGAAGACAAGAAGGGAAAGAUGUUACUCGUCGAGCUGAUAGUAGAGUUGGCUGUCCUGCUCAUAUGCGGGUAAAAUCAGUUGAAGGGGGCUUAGUUGUUGACCAAUUUAUUUCAGGCCACAACCAUAGCCUCGUGGCACCCGCUGAAAUUUAUCAGCUUCAAUCACAUCAAUGGCUCUCAGACUUCGUUGUACAGAUUGGAACCACUCUAGAUGAUUGUGAUAUUGGACCGGCAACUAUUUGUGAGGUUGUGAAAUCUAUGUCUGGUGGGGACUCCAAGGUGGGUUUGCCAAAGUUGGCAUUUAAGAAUUUUAUGAAGAGGCAAAAUCAGAAGUUUCUUGGGAUGGACUUAAAAAAGUUAAUGGAAUAUUUUCACCAUUACAAACUGUGUGAUCCUCAAUUCUUUUGCAAAAUGGCCACAACAGAUGAUGGUAGUGUACGGGGUAUCUUUUGGGUUGAUGGGCCGGCGAGAGCUGAAUAUCAUGUAUUUGGGGAUGUAGUGGUAUUUGAUACAACAUACAAGAAGAAUCGAUACCACUUCCCGUUUGGUCCCUUUACCGGAGUAAAUCAUCAUGUUCAAAGUAUUUUGUUUGGAUGUGGGUUGAUAGCUGAUGAGACAAUUGAGUCGUUUAUUUAG